AUGCCUGCAAGAGGUGGCAAAGGGACAACAUGGACACCCGAACUCGAACGCCACAUGCUCAUACUUGCAAUCACUGCGGCUGAUCUGAAACCUUCUACUGCGACAUGGAAUCUCGUUGCCCAAGCUAUGGGUAAUGGCAUUACUGCUUCUGCCGUCAGUCAGAAAUUCUCCAAGCUCAAGAAGGCUACAGAAACUGAAAACGGCGUAACGCCAGCCUCGACUACUUCUCCCGCAGUUGCCCCUUCAGUCAUUCCCAAGCAGCAAACAAAGAAGAAUGCCUCUGCUGCCACUGGGCGUAAGCGUAAAGCCGUAGGAACUACGGAGGACAAUGACAAACCAGCAAAGAAGAAGGCUGUCCGUGACAAGAAAGAUUCAGAUAACGAUGAAGAGCAAGUCGAAGACGCUGAGUUGGAUGCUGCUAUUGAUGAGAACGAGGAUCAAGCGGAUGGUAUUAAGGUUGAGGAAGAAGCUGAGGAAGAAGUUAGCGGCAGUCCAGCAUGA